AUAAAUCCUAACAAACAACAUAUAGUAAAGGUGCGAAAAAUGAGGUAAAAAUUGUGUUGAAAACAGUAAUAUUGGCUUUAAAGACAACAUGGCAUGGAAGAUACUUUUACAUUUUUCAGUUCUAAUUGGAUUUUUCACCAAAGAAAUUAUCGGAAAUGAUGACAUGUAUAGAUGUCCAGACCAUUUGUCAAGAUCUAUUUAUCUUAAAACAUUCGGAGAGAAAUGUUAUCGAUACGAGAAGGGCGAAUUAUAUUGGACGACGGCAAGAAGUCGGUGUACUGGAGAAGGAGGCGAUCUUAUCCAGAUCAGGAAUCAAGCAACACAAACAUGGGUCAUGACUACGUUGAAUGAGCUACACUGGAACAAAAACGGUGUAUGGAUAGGAGCUCAUGACAGAGGCAAUGAAAUGAAUUGGAGAUGGGUUACCGGCGAAAGGAUAACUUGGAGUUAUUGGGGUGGUGGUCAGCCGAACUGUGACUGGUUAUGUAUGGAAGAUUGCGGAAGCUUACGUCGUGAUGAUGGUGGUAGAUGGCAUGAUAAACCAUGUUCCUUCACUGGAUUUGUAUACUCAUUUAUUUGUCAGUAUGAUAUGAAACCUGCAACAACUACAACCACCACAACUACAACGACAACAACGACGACACCAACCACGACAACUCCAACGACAACAACGCCAACCACGACAACACCAACGACGACAACUCCAACGACGACGACGCCAACCACAACUACGCCAACAACGACCACAACAACACCAACCAUGACCACAACAACACCAACCACGACCACAACAACUACAUCUCCUACAACGGCAUUUAUGCCAACGCCAGUAAAAGGGGAGGUUACUGUAAAUUUAACAGGCAUUGGUAUGGUAGCUGCACAAGAGAGCAAUGUAACAUCAGGAGAAUUAUCAGGAAUUGUUAUAGCUUGUGUUUUGGGAGCUUUGGCAUUAUUGAUGCUGCUUAGUGUUUGCUUCUUCAGAACGAGGAAAAAGAAAGGAAAAGAAGAUUUGGCAAUGCAUUUCGAUAAUUUAACUUACACCGUCAGAAGCAUGUUAUCUUCACAACCCAGAAUGAGUAGACAUGAACGAAGCUUAAAUAAUCAAGUCCCCACCGGAAGUCAAAACGUAUAUGCAGAUCCAAUUGCAUGUACUACAUGUCAAGCUAAACUACCAAAUAUUUCUGUAAUUGCCAAGGAAUCCGGUCACUAUGCCGAAAUAACAGAACAACAGAUGGUUGACAAGUUGAAUGUCUUUCUACCGAAAUAUGAUAAUAAUGAUUAUGAAAAAUGUAAUAUUGCUAAAAGCAAACUCGGAGUUAGUGACUUCCCACAGUACCUAGACGUAUGUGCAGAUAGUAAAGCCGUGUACGAGAGUGUAAGUGAAAACGAGGCAGCAUGCAAUGCUAUGAAUGAGCAGCUGGAAACGUCAAAGACCCAAUAUGAUGAAUGUGGGAACGUUGAAGGACCAGAGAACGCUCCCAGUCACUAUAUUGACUUGGAUGAUGCAGUACGAAAUGAGGAGUCUUUCGACAGUACAUCUCUACGCUUAGAACUAGAACCAGGAGUAUACGAGGAUCUAAACAAUGCCAAUGGACAACCAUCUAGUUUGGAUGAUAUCCUUGUCAACUGUGAUGGCGAUUUAGAUUUGGCAAAAGCUCCAAGUGGAUACAAUAAUAAUAUCUACGACUCGAAAUUAAACCUGGAAAUCAGUGGAAAUGAUGACAUGUAUAGAUGUCCAGAACAUUUAUCGAGAAACAUUUAUCUCAAAACAUUGAACGAGAAAUGCUAUCGAUACGAGAAGGGCGAAUCAUAUUGGACGACAGCAAGAAGUCGGUGUAGGGGAGAAGGAGGCGAUCUUAUCCAGAUCAAGAAUCAAGCAACACAAAACUGGGUCAUGUCUACGUUAAAUGAUCUCCAUUGGAACACAAACGGAGUAUGGAUAGGAGCACAUGACAGAGACAAUGAAAUGGAUUGGCGAUGGGUGACUGGCGACAAGAUAACUUGGAAUUAUUGGGGAAGUGGUCAGCCAAACUGUAUCUUUAUUUGUGUAGAGGACUGUGGGAAUUUACGUCGAGAUGAUGGCGGUAGAUGGCAUGACUAUUUAUGCAGUCUAAAUACAUACUCAUAUAUUUGCCAAUACGACAUGAGACCAGCUACAACAACGACAAUACCCACAACCACAACAACGACAAAAACGACACCAACAACAAUGACGAAUACAACGACUCCUACAACAGUUACUGUCAAUCAACAAGGUGAACUGUCAUGGAUGAUAGUAGCAAUUGUGUUAGGAGCUAUAGUAUUAUUGAUGCUUUUGAGUGUUUGUUUCUUCAGAAUGAGAAAAAAGAAAAGUGACAUAGAUAAGAGCGUGUUCUCGUCAAAUUCCAGAAUCAGUAAACAUGAACGAAGCUUAAAUGAUCCGGUCCAAACCGGAAAUCAAAACGUAUGUGCAGAACCAAAUGAAAUUGCCACAUGUCAAGCUAAACUACCAAACGUUUCCGUAAUUGACAAAGAAUGCGGCCAUUAUUACGAAAUAUUGGAACAAAAGAUGGAUGACAAGUUAAAUGUCUAUCUACAAAAAUAUGAUAAUGAUGAAUAUGAAAAUUGUAAUAAAACGUCAAAAAAACAAUAUGAAGAGUGUGGAAACGUUGAUGGUUCAGAUAACUCGCCUUAUUAAUAUAUUGAUAUGCAUGGGGCAGCAAAAAUUGGAGAGUCCUUCGACAGAACAUGACUAUUUCUACGCUAAGAACUAAAAUCAGGAGUAUACUAUGAACUAAACAAUGCAAAAAGACAACCAUUUGGUUUGGAUGAUAUCCUUGUCAACUGUGAUGGCGAUUAAGAUUUGGCAAAACCUCCAAGUGCAUACAAUAAUAAUCUCUAAAGCAUAAUCUAAUUCUUCACUCUGAAAUUCACUUUUAGAAAAGUGAACAAUGUUAACACGAAAAUUCAAAAGUUAAAGAUUUGAAAUUGUCAGUUGUAAGGUGUUAUAUAAUUUUACAACGAUUUUCUAAAAAGUGGUAUACUCGGUAAAAAAUACUGAUGCUUGCUUGAAAAAUAAUACUUAUAAUAUAAGCUAUAACCAAUGAUUUUAGCAUCUUUCUGAUAAGUUUAAGCAUAUAAAUUAUGCACAAUUAUUUAAAUAAUCAAUUUGUUUUGUCAUGAUGAUAUAGUGCUAAUUUGUGUAAAGUAUAUUGUUUAAAUAUAUUGAUGCAUUAAUCUGAUUUUUUGGGUUAACUUUCAUACUUUUUUUAAUUUUCACUUCAGAUUCAUGAUCGUCAAUAGAUUAUUUAAUUAUUUUUUUCUAUAAUGGACAUUUAUUGCCAUUGUUUUAUAAUUGUUUUCUAUUUUUGAGUUGCUUAUAUCUGCUGGCAGAGUUUCACUUGGCAUUGCCUUAAUGAUAAAUGAUCAUUCAUUGCAGCGACUCAAAAUAAAUAUAAACUAAAAAAAACCGUCUGGCCACCCAAGAAUAUUAAAUGGUCAUGCUGUCAAAACGGGAUGUAUUGUAUAUUGACAGCCUUAUAUUUCCAUGUUCCAUGUUUGUUUAUUCUACAUUGGCUAGAGGUAUAGGGGGAGGGUUGAGAGCUCACAAAACAUGUUUAACCCCGCCGCAUGUUUGCGCCUGUCCAAAGUCAGGAGCCUCUGACCUUUGUUAGUCUUGUAUGUUUUUUUAAUUUUAGUUCAUUUAUAUGUUUUGGAGUUUAGUAUGACGUCAUAUUUUCAUUGAACUAUUACACAUUUUUGUUUAGAAGCCUGCCUCCGGAUGCGGGCUUUUCGCUGUGUUGAAGACCCAUUGGUGGCCUUGGGCUGUUUUCUGCUCUUUGGUCGGGUUGUUGUCUCUUUGACACAUUCCCCAUUUCCAUUCUCAAUUUUAUCCUUUCUUAAUAAAUAUAUAAAACCUUUUAAUAACACUCAUGUUGCAAAUGUAAUGGUCUUCCUGACAUAAAGAUUUUGGGAACAAUUGGAAUGCAGUUGACUUGGGAACAAUUGGAAUGCAGAUGACUUAGAAACAAUUGGAAUGCAGAUGACUUGGGAACAAUUGGAAUGCAGAUGACUUGGGAACAAUUGGAAUGCAGAUGACUUGGGAACAAUUGGAAUGCAGAUGACCAAAUAUUUGCUGCAAAGAGAAAUAUGUGUAUUUUUGUUUUUUUUUAAGGUAAAUGUCGGAUUUUAUAGGAAUUGUUUGAAUGUUUCAAAAAGACCCUCUACAGUCUUUCUAUUUUUCCAAGGAUUAAGCAUUUUUUUUCAAGUAAUGCCUUUAAAUAUUUGGUAUGAGUGAGCUUACCUUUUUUGCUACUUUUAUAAUGAAAGCUAUUACUUAAGCUCUUAUUAAAAUGCAUAAUAUUUAGACUUGAUUUGUGUUUUUCUAUCAUAUCAAUGUAUUUUUACAUAUAUUUAGUAGUGUUCAAGAGCUCCUUAUAUAAUGCUUAAAAAAAUAAAUAGAAAAAACAGCCUGAUUUAUUAGGAAGUUAGAGAUUAGUUUUUAAUGCCUUAGUAUGUAAUUUAAUGAAAAUUGUUAAAUAUAGCAGCAUUAAACCAAUUUCAUUUAAUGUAAAACUUCUAAUUCUGGUUAUCUAACGUUAUUGUUUUAAAAUGUUUUAAUGUAUACACGUUUUGAUUGAACAAAUCAUUAAAUGAUAGGUCUGAAUUGAUAAUACGUUUCUUUUAAUUACCAAACAACGAAAAGCCAUGACAAUUGAUCAUCCUCGGAUAAUAAGAACUACACAGAAUUAAUGAAAUCAAAAUGUUUCUUUCCAGCAUUAAAGGCUGGAAUAAUUUAUAUUUUGGCUUCAUUAAUAAUUAUAUGAUAAUUUUGAAUCAUGAUGGAUUAUUUCACCAGUUUGUCAUUUGCAACAGUUUUCAGUUAUUGAACAACAUUAAGCUACAUUCUUAGUUCCCGAAUUUUAAAACUGGUAUCUUUGAUGAAUUUGUUUUUGGCAAUUCAAAUGCAUAAUUCUGUAAAUUGUAGUAAUAACUUCAGAUCAAUCAUAAAAUGUUUCAAACGCGUGAUACUUUCAUAACAAAAAUUUCGAUUUCAAUUAUAUAUUAAUGAUGUGUUUUUAUUCACUGUAUUAAAGCGUAAAUGUGUUAUAAACAACUGUUCAAAGAAAACACAACUAAAUGAUUCAGUACUUGUUAAAACAUAUGAAACUUUUGAUUUUGGUUAUUUUGGAUUUCUAAUUUUCGAUUCCAAAGAAAAGGAAUAAAUUUUAGGUCAAGUGUCUUGUACUUAAUAUAAUACAAACAGUAAAAUGUCAAUACAUUUUUUGAAGUAAUAUAUUUAAAGUAGAUGGCAAAUAAAAUGCAAUAAUUUACUAACCAAGAUAGAACAGCACUUUUUUUUGCAUAAGUUACUUCGGUACUGACAUGAUUUAUAACAAACUUUUAAAAUUGCCCGUUUAUAAAUUUUGAAAUUAUACAGAAGCUAAGGUUUCAACUCCAUCAAGCAAAGUUGGCCUUAGAUGGAUUUGGCUAUUUUUUAGGUCCUUGUUUUAUUAUAGCUCUUUAACGUUUUCGGUCCUUAAACAUAAUUGGCUUUCAAAUAUUUGGCUUUGAGCGUUCCUGAUGAAGGUAAAUCAUGAAAAGCGCUUCGGACGCAUGAAAUUUAUAACGUGUUGUUUUCAUUUUUUUACGUCGUUUCAGAGAAGAAACUUGAUUUGUAUUUUGUUCGUGUAGCUUUACAAUAAAACAAAUUACUGUUAUUUGCAACAGUACAAAUUGAAUGAAAAGACAAGUGUUGCAAAGUCAAUUAACAAAUUACAGAAACAUUCUCAUUCUACAUAUAAUCCCUACACUUGGCUCUAUUUGCAGAAAAUUAAAGAGAUGACAGAUACAAUUUUGAAUGUUACAUUUAAGAAGACUCAUCUCAUUUUACUCAACUGCUGGUCAAAUUUUGAGUAAAAUGUCAAAAUUGACUUAAAAUAGAGAUUUUUGUGACAAUAGUCAUAACAAUAUAUUUUCGUAAAAUAAUUUGCUUUUUAGGAAAAACAACUUGUGCCAACGUCAAGAGUUCAGACUCUCAUAUCAAACUACACAUUUAGAUUUUUUUUUAGUCCUUGAUCUGAGGCUCAAUAAUCGAUUGUAAAAAUAUAAAGCCUUUCAAAUACAUUUUGCAUAUGCUUUGUAGUCAAAGGAUAAAUACAAUAUACCAGCACUGUCUCCAAAAAAAAUUUCAAAUUGGAAUUAACUUCCAAAUUAUUGGACUGUAAUGAUAGAAAUUUUGCAUAAAACCUUUAUAUGUAAGAAUUCCAUUUUUUUGUAUAUUUUGAAAACGUAUAAUAUGCUUAUGUCCAAUAAUAAAAGUUGUGACCAUU